GGGGGGCUGCAGGCACAGCCGUGGGCCGGAGGAGAUGCGGCGGGAGCCGGGCCGCGAGUGACGGCAGCCGGGGGCGGAGGGCCGCAGCGCCAUGUCCCUGGGCAGUGACAGCGGCCCCGGCAUCGUGCACAGCCUGCUGUGCCACCGGCAGGGAGGGGACAGCGAGGCCUUCGCCCGCCGCGCCAUCCAGAGCCUGCUGAGGAAGCUGAAGGAGAAAAGGGACGAGCUGGACGCGCUGGUGGCCGCUGUCACCUCCGGCGGGGCCCAGCCCGGCCAGUGUGUCACCGUCCAGCGCACCCUGGACGGGCGGCUCCAGGUGGCCGGCAGGAAGGGGUUCCCACACGUCAUCUACGCCCGGCUCUGGCGCUGGCCCGACCUGCACAAAAACGAGCUGAAACCCGUCAAAUUCUGCCAAUUCGCCUUCGACCUCAAGUGCGACAGCGUCUGUGUCAACCCCUACCACUACGAGCGCGUGGGGACCCCCGCCAGCGGUCUGAGCGUCCAGAGCACAGAUGGAGCCGCCGGAACCGGGGGCCGAGCCCCCCGCCCUGCCCUACCGAGCGCUGCCCCCCCGGCCGCCCCACAGCCUCCCCCGCAGAACGGGUACCCCAAACCCCCCCACCACAGGUCGCCGCUGAGCUGGAGCAGUGCCCCCAUCUACACCCCGGGUUUGGGGGGGUCACAUCCCGGCAGCCGGAGCCACCCGCAGCCCCCCCAGCACCACCCCAACCACUGCUGGCCCCCCCACCAUAACCCCGUGCUGCAGCCCCCCGUGUCCACCCACCCUGGGCCGGAAUUCUGGUGCUCCAUCGCCUACUUCGAGCAGGACGUGCAGGUGGGGGAGAUCUUCAAGGUGCCCUCCAGCUGCCCCAGCGUGGUGGUCGAUGGCUACGUGGACCCCUCGGGGGGAGCCCGCUUCUGCCUGGGGCAGCUCUCCAACGUCCAGCGCUGCGCGGCCAGCGAGAGGGCACGGCUGCACAUCGGGAAGGGGGUGCAGCUGGAGCGGCGCGGAGAGGGAGACGUGUGGAUGCGCUGCCGCAGCGAGCACGCCGUGUUCGUGCAGAGCUUCUACCUGGACAGGGAGGCCGGCAGAGCCCCCGGGGACGCCGUGCACAAGGUGUACCCCGGAGCACACAUCAAGGUGUUUGACCUGCGGCUGUGCCACCGGCAGAUGCAGCAGCAGGCGGCCACUGCCCAGGCUGCGGCCACCGCUCAGGCCGCUGCUGUGGCCGGCAGCAUCCCCGGGCCUGGCUCGGUGGGUGGCAUCGCCCCGGCCAUCGGGCUGUCGGUGGCCGCGGGGCUCGGCGUGGACGACCUGCGGCGCCUGUGCCUCGUUAGGCUGAGCUUCGUCAAGGGCUGGGGGCCCGACUACCCCCGGGCCAGCAUCACCUGCACGCCCUGCUGGAUCGAGGUGCACCUGCACCGCGCCCUGCAGCUGCUGGACCACGUCCUGCACGCCCUGCCCGACGCCCACGCCUGACUCCUGGAAGGAGCAGCCAAAAAAAGAGGAAAAAGAAGAGGAAAAAAUGAAGCAAAGUGACCAAAAAUGUGUUGGUUUAGCAGUUAUUUAGUGGAUAGGGUCGGGGUUUGUGGCCUGGGUGAAGCGUGGCCCUCGGCGCCCAUUUCCACCUCCUGGUUUAACUUUUGUAUGAAAAUAAACCAAAAAGAGGGUUA